AUGAAGUUUUCGUUCAAUCUGCCUCUGCUGCUCUCGGCUGCCUUCAUGGUAGCCCCUUCGUUGGCUCUGCCCAACAUCGGCGCCAUGAUGGCCAAGGGACCCAACGGCGAGCCCUCGCACCUGGAAAAGCGUCUGCUCUCUGCCGACCCUCUGAAGCUCAACUCGCUUGUCAACGACCUGAAGAGCAAGGUUGCUGAGCUCAACGCCAACGUGCCCAACGCCGGCGGCUUGAUGAACACCAAGAUCACCGACAUUACGCCCGACAAGAUCUACUCUGCCUUCGGCAUCCGACGUGAUGGUGGACUGCUGCCCCCCGGUGAGGACUCGGCGCACCCUUGGCAGGCUCCCGCCAAGGGCGCCAAGCGUGGACCUUGCCCCGGUCUCAACACGAUCGCCAACCACGGCUACCUGCCUCGCAACGGCAUUGUCAACCCGAUCGAGCUGCUCGUGGGUACGUUCAACGGUCUCAACCUCAGCCCGGAUCUUGCUGCGAUCCUGGCUGCCAUUUCGUUUGUGGGCAUGGGCGAUCUGCUCCAGAUGAAGCUCUCGAUCGGCGACCGCUACGGCCUGGGCGAUGGACUGAGCCACCACGGUAUCUUGGAAGGUGACGCUUCGGUGACGCGCAAGGACAACUACUUUGGAAACAGCUGGGAUGCGGACCCGAAGCUGGUGCAGCAGUUUAUCAACGAGACCAACACGUACGGCAAGGGUAACGUCGACAUUGUUUCGCUCUCCAACUCGCGCUUCCGUGCCUGGUCUCACGGCCGCGAGAACAACCCGGUGUUCGACUUCAACCCCUGGCGCAUGCUGGUCGCCUACGCCGAGAGUGGCUUUGUGCACGAGGUUCUGCGUGGCUCGUUUGUCAAGUUUGACGAGGACAUGAUCAAGAGCUGGUUCCUCAAGGAGAGGUUCCCCCCCGGAUGGAGCAAGCGCAUCGUCCCCUUCUCCACCCCCGAGAUCCUCGCCUGGGCCGGCAUCAUUCUGAUCCCCAAGCCUACCGUCCCUGGUUGGAGCAUUGGCAAGGGCGCGUUCAUCCCUCUGCCCACCACAGACGGAGCCUACAAGGAGCUGGCCUCUUUGCUCGACCCCAAGACCACCGGCGCCACGCUCGGCACUCUGUUCUGCGAUGCCGGCAACGCCGUCCUGGGCUUCUUCCCUACGCAGAUCACCAACCUCCUCGGUAACUUUGGCAUCAAGGGUGUCGGAACUACCUUCAAAUGCGCCUAA